CGUCGAUUGCACCAAACGUCACGGACGAAAAACAUGCUGUUCUGCGUAAGAAAAAAAUCUUGCCCACAGAUUACCGAAUUUCUAAGCGCAACUGCUUGCAAAACGUGUUCACUGCCGUGCGAUUGUCCGUGUGAGCAGCAUCCAAGCCCUGCGGUAGAAACCCAAUGAGUGUUUUAACGGUGGAUCAGUUGGAAAAAUCACGAUGCAAUGGCACUGCUGUCCCAUUACGUACCGCUAAACGUGUAAAGAGUGAUGAUCGGCGUGAACCAACUCAGAGACCACCAAUCAAGUGAUAACACAGUAAUUUUUGUUCGACCGUGCUGACAGGUGGAGGUGGAGGUGGGAAAAAUUGUACGGAACGGUGGUUCCGCACUUGCCCAUGACCCGCCCGAGUUAGCGGGCAGACUCAGUGAACGAUGGCUACCCGCCGACCACGCGUAAAAGUAGCGGCCAAUCUUAGCAUUCGCCGACCGGCCAAAACCACCACGACCAAUGUGACCGGCGAAACGAUCAAACAGGAAGCUCACGUAACACUUCCCGAGCCGGGGCAGGAGCCCGCAGUUGAAUUACCCAGUGCUACAGUUGCUACUCCACCGGAGGAGGAUGCGCCGGUACCGCCCGAACACCUGCGGGAUGUGAAAGCAAUUCCAGUGCCUAGUUCCGUACCCGAAGCACCGCCGGAAGAAACAUUCCAGGAGUUUAAGCUUCCGAAGCCUCCAGAUGUCCCCGUACCGUGUCUGUCGGGGUACGAAGCCCAACCCAGCAACAACUUCAUCGUCGGUGAAGAACCAAUGUCCCCCCGGAAGCAGGACACGCGCCCCACUUUCACCCUCCCACUGGCCCGCAAACGCAUCCGCACCGAGUCGCUCACCUCCAAUAAAUCCCUCCCGGAGGGGGUGACGGUCAACAAGGUCACCCGGAAGCUGGCGACCAAGCAGGAAGAAUCGCAACGUACCCUCGACAACAAGAAGGAGAUCCGCAAGCGGCUCACCAACAUCGAGAACGUGGACAAACAGAACCUAACCAUGUUCGACAUGAUCUACUACAACCCGGUGAACAAUCCGAUGACACCGCCCGCCCUCAGCAAGCGUGGAUCGCUCGAGAACAUACCGAAGAGUGUGGACGGUCGGGAAGGGGGCAAUGGUGGGGGGUCCCGCAGCCGGAGCGUCAGCAAAUCACGCUCACCGACACCGGCCCCGUCCGGCUCGGUACCGGUGGUGGCGGCGGCUCCGAAGUCGACGGCACCGCCCGCACCGGUCACCCUGACGCCCCAGCUCAAGCUGGGCCCGAAUGGGGAGAUGAUACUCGACGAAGCUAGUCUAGUGGUGGAGAACGAGCGCGAGAGGGAGAUGCGCGAAACGCUUGCCAACACGGACAUCGUGUAUCAGGAUGAGUUUUCCGGCAAUUCCGGCUACUACAGUCGCAUCAGAAGGACGAAGGAUUGGGGCGACGAGGAGACGAUACGCUUCUACCGUUGCUUGCACACGAUCGGAACCGAUUUCUCCAUGAUGCUGACCCUGUUCCCACAGCGGUCCCGGCGUGAUCUCAAACUUAAGUUUAAAAAGGAAGAGCGUAUCAACCUCAAUCUGGUGAACAAAGCGCUGCUCCAUCCGAACGAGUUCAACGUGGACGAGCUGCGGCAACAGUUCGCCGAGGAGGACGAGCAGCUCGAAAGGCAGCGGCAGGAGGAACAGCAGCGCAAGAUGGAAGCGCUCGAGCAGCAGCAAAAGGAAAAGCUGCGCAAAAACUUGAUGAUGCGAAUGUCCGCCAGCAACAGCCCGCAAAGACGCAUUAGCAAAGCGGAACGCGUAAUGGCGGACGGUUCGGAGGUGCCGCCGGGAGACGAGACAAAGAAGCCGAAGCGGAAAGCACCGUCGAAAAAACGAUCGACCGCAAAGGCAGACGACUCGGGUCCGAAUGCAUCAACCACGUCCGCUGAGCAUGAGAAUGAGCAGCAGCAGCAGCAGCAGCCAUUUGCAACUGAGCCCGAGGGUAACAAUACAGCCAUCGUUGUGGAAGGCAGCUCGGAAAUAAUCCCAGCAACCACUGAGCCUAAGGAGGAAACAUCCAAAAAGCGCAAACGUGCUCCGGUGCCGAAGAAGCGUGCCGCUGCUAAGCAAACUGUUGUUGCCACGGUUACAACCGCCAUGGUGGAGCGUAAGGAAGAGCAGCCGUCUGCAUACGUUGCAGAGGAAAAUGGUUCGGCUUUAGCUGAACGUUCGGACCAUGUGGUUCCUGUGGACACUGCAGCAUCUAAUACUCCGGAAGCGGAAUCGUUCCACGAAUGGAAACGUAGCCCAGUGUCGAAAAAGGAAACUAUCGUGCAGCUAGAUGCUGGCACGGUCGUUCCAAUCGCCAUGGAAGAGAAUGCUCAACAACAAACCAAAUCCAUUAUCGAACGUAUCGUUUCGCUUGAAUGUACCGCUAAUACACCCAUGGACACCGCACAAACCGCUGCUGGCAAACUGUCCCUAAACGCUGCACCAAAGAAACCACCAUCACCCCAAAUGCCAAACGAAACUGCUCCACCAUCGCCGGACAAUGGCUCCGGGGAGGAGGAUAUGCAACAAGAUACCAUCGCGGACGGUUCCUCCGACGAUGACGACGGCGAUCGGCUGGUAAUAGACGAACGAACAAAUACUCCUGCCAGCUCUGCUGCGGCCGCUGAUGGGGAAAACAAUUCCCACAAAAAGCUGAAACGAAAACACUUGCCGAAGAAAAAGCGCUUCUUCGGUAAGCCACGCCCACAGCUGGUCGCUUCGAGGAAGAGGACGGAUAAGCCACCGGUGGCAAAGGAAGAGCUGCUCGAUCUGCCCGAUGAGGAGCCGGUCGUUAUAAAGAAGGACGCUACGGAAGACGUCGACCACGCGAACAAUGUGCCACCGGACGGAUCAUGCAAUGAGCCGAACGCGUCCGACCAACCGUACGUGCUGUAUGAGCCGGCCGCUGUUGCUACCUACGAGAGCAGUGCCAACCUGGAGCUGCCGAUCGUGAAGUACCAGUGUAUGGAGGAUCUAACCGAGGAGGAGGACGGUUACCGACCAUCGGAUGACGUGAUGGGCGCAGGCGGCUACCGUGACGAGCUUGGUAGGGGCGUUGAUGGUACCGGCAACGAAACUGCUGCUUCCGCUGCAACCUCUUCGGUCGCUGCCGGACAGCCGGAGCAGGAGGAGGACGUGGGCAUUACUGUGAUAACGCUGCAAAACCUGGACGACCAAACGCAAACGACCUGCCUGCGUACGGAUGUCGCGCCAUCGGUGCAGCCUACGCUGAUCAACGAGCUAACGCCGGUCGAGAUCAAGUACGACGAGUACGAGCCGGAAGGCCAGCUGGUGCUGGGGUUGGACAAUGACGACAGCAUCGUGAAGAAUGAGAUGCAGCACGGAGCGCAGAGCGGGCUGCAACGGCGAAACGAAUUGCCUAGCAACGCUCCGGUGAAUGUGCAGGUAAUCGAUUGGCCCCCGGUCGCGGGCGGUACGGCCAUACCGUACGUCGUGUCGUACGGGAAGCUGGACUCGUACGGCUGCUCCAGCGAUACCGUCAUCAUACCGGACGAGAUCAUACCGCCCCAGGCGAUGAUGGGCCAGCGCGAGCAGCACGUGGUACAGUAUGCGCCCCUCGCACAAACCAUCGUGAACGUAGCACCACCGCUGGUCGAGCAGGCGGCUGGCACGACCGCUGCUACUACCUCCCUCUACGCGCCGGAUGCCCGGGUACAGCCCGGGCAGGGCAAUGCGCAAACGGCACUACCACCGUCUGUACAGUGCACUGCAGCGAUUACUCCCAAGCACGAGCAUGCUAAUCAACCACGCAACAGUGCGCUUCAUACGAACGAGCUGGGUGAUAGUGGUGGUAGUGGUGGUGGUGACUUUGCGACAAACACGGCAAUACAAUUGCCUGCACUCGAGAUUGUCGGCGAGGCAGAGCAACCGUGCAAGCACGAUCCGGUCGAUAGCGAUCCAGCAGGCGCAGAACCAGAGAACGAAGUGGAAGAAGAGGAAGAAGAGGAGGAGGAGGAAGGGGAAGGUGAUGGUGGCUUUUCGCUCGAGGACAUCGACAUCAACUCGCUCGUGCUGGUGGAGAGUCAGGAUAGUGGCGAUCCGAACAAAACGUUCUACGAAAUUUACGUCUCCAAUCCGGACACCGGGCAGCUGAGCGAAAAGCCGCUCGAUGUGCCGGCGGACGUGAUCGAAAGCAUACGGCAAAUACUGGAAGGUGGUGGGGAACGGUAACCUCCCCUCCCCCUCCUCCGUGGUGCCGCUCCCAUGUACAUUAGCAUGUAGGUAAAAGUGUUGUUUCCAUGCUCCCUUCCCUCGCCCUACUCUACUCGGAGUUGGCCACCAUCCCACCCCGUUCCGAUGGGGUUGGGUGGUCGAACGGUGUGUUACGCCCGGAUAUAGAAUAUGUGUAGAGUAAGCCCUUAUUUAAAAGCGAUAUAAAGUGUAGUUUUGUUUCUUCUAGUUCGCACGCUCGCACGUACCGGUAUUGUGAGCGUAUUUGAGGAGAGGAGGUAGGAGAGAAAAAAACUGUUUGGCUUUAUUUUAUAAUGUUGUUUUUAUGCGACACGGUUCAUCGGUAAAUAAAAUGAGUUUGAAUUU